AUGUUCAGCCACCAUGUUCAGGCCGGGUCCCGGUUCCAGAGGGGCUCUGGGGACAGUCCUGGCAUGUCUGGACCGCUGCGGAGUCGGUUGGAGGAGCUGAAGAAGCUGUGGUGGAGGAAGCCCAUCCCCCUGGUGCUGCAGCACAGUGAGACAGCCAGGCUGGCUGUGGAUGCCUUUCUGGAGCAGGGGGAGCCUGGUUAUCUGCAAGCCAUCGUUGAGGAACAGGAGCUGCCAUUUCUCUCCCCCCUAGACAUGGACUACAUGAGCCAGCAUAGAAGCCAGAAUAUCCUGGAGCCUAAUGCAAGGAAGGGGCAUCAGACCGAGCCCAAAGAGGGAGACUCUGAGGACAGGGCCUCCCUUCUCUCUGAACUAAGCUCUGGUACCUACUUCCCACUCCUGUCUGACAUGCAGCCUCCAGAGCUGGAGCUGGGCUGGCCAGUGAUACCACUUGCCACAGAGUAUGGCCAAACUCAAGCCAGUGUGUAUUUCCAGAGAAACAAGGCCAACAGCAUCAAGGAUUUACUCCGGUGCCUGAUCAGCAGGGCAAAAACGGUGAUAGCAGUCGUCAUGGAUCUCUUCACAGACAUGGAGAUACUCUGUGACCUGAUGGAAGCUUCAAGCAGACGACGUGUCUCUGUUUACCUGAUCCUUGAUGAGAAGUACUUAAAGUAUUUUAUAGAGAUGUGCAGUAAAAUGGGUCUUAACAAGGACCAUUUCCCAAACAUGCAAGUGCGGUGUGUGAGUGGAGACACAUAUUACAGUAAAGCAGGCAAGAAAUUUGAAGGUCAAGUCCUCGAGAAGUUUGUACUGAUAGAUUGUGACCACGUUCUUGCUGGUACAUACAGUUUUACUUGGCUUUGCAGUCAAGUUCACACCUGCUUGGUGACACACUUCCGAGGCAAAAUCGUUGAGGACUUUGACAGAGAAUUCCGAAGCUUGUACGUAGAAUCCAAACCUGUGCCUGGUUUCUGUAUCCAUGAGGCUGGAACAAGCUCCACUUUACCUCACAGCUCAGCAGGGAACUUCCAGUCUCUCUUAAAACCCGCCCAAACAAAUGAAGCUGAAACCGCAAGCCAUGCAAGCAGUCUCUCAAAUUCAAGCAUUGAGAGCAUAAAGAUGUCUCCUUUUCUGAAGAACUCCACCUACAAUGUACUCCUUGAAAAGCAAGACGUGGGUCCUGGUUUCACCAGUGAAAAGAGAAAGGAAGCCAUCGGCUCCAUAAAGCCAAGCGACUCCAAGCAGCACUCGGAAAUGUCAAACUCUAGCCACAGCACUUCAGCUAAAUUCAAGUCUGCCUUAUAUGACAAGCCUAAUCCUAAAUCACAGCAGGCAUCCUUGCAGCCAGUGUCUUUCCCCAUAUUAAGCUGCAGUGAACCUAGUCAUCUAGAAAAUAAGGCAUUGGCUAAAACUAAAAAUGACCAAUUGCUCCAUCACUCUGCCAUCAGACAGGGACCAAACUUACAAUCCUCCUCUGAGAACACUGGUACAAAUGGGGCAAAUACCAAGCAGAAAGCGCCCAGUGAUGUUUCAAGUGGAAAAGCAAUAGAAAGCAGCAGCAAAAUAUGCAGGAAUGAGAGAAAGCUGACUCUUGGACAUAGUAAACUGGACCUGAUUAUCCAAUACAACCAGUUAAAAAGGGAGCGGACAGCUGCAGUCCCAAGCUCUGCUAGACUCGGCGAUGAAGUGCCAAAGGAAAAUAGCUGCACUAAACACAGGGAUGAGAAAACACUGACUCUUGGACACAGCAAACUGGAUCUGAUCACAAGCUAUAACAAAUCCAAAUCUAAGCAAAUAUCGAGUCGAUUUGAGCCCUGA